UUUACUGUACAUCAUGCCAGUCUGUGUGUUUGAGGGUUGUUUCAGUGGAAGUAAGAGGAAGGAUAAACCUAGAGAUCCGAAUAUCCACCUCCAUAGAUUUCCGAAGGACCCCGAGCUUCGAAAAAUAUGGACUAAGCAAAUUAUUAGACACGGUGAUGUAAAUAACAUAAAUUGUGAAACGGGUGUUGUGUGUUCACUUCAUUUUUCUCCACACUAUUUUGCAGAAAAAUCAUAUGCACAACUGGUUGCAUCAUAUUCUCCCAAAUGCUCAAGGAGGUUAAAACCUGAUGCUUUACCUAUGACAAAACUUGGAUUAGAAUAUGAUGAUAUACCAUAUAAUUGCCGUGUAGAAAGUUUGGGAACGCCGCCUAUAAAAUCUUUGCCUUCUAUAAUAAGAACCCCUAGUGGUAAUUUUAAAGUUACAGAAUCGGAAAAAGACAUAAAUCACCACAAUGAUAAAAAUGCUAGGUCAGUUUGCUCAAAACUUUUUAAUGACUUAUGUGACGAGUUGGAAGUGGGUCCUUUAAGUGGAAAUAUUUUAAUGACACAAACUGAUGAACCAAAUCAUAAGUAA